AUGAUUAAAAAAGUCGCAAUUGUAACGGGUGCAAAUGGUGGCCUUGGUUAUGGUAUCGUAAAGGGAUUGUGUAAGCGUGGAGUUAAAAAAGUGUAUUUAACGGCACGUGAUGAAAAACGAGGUUUAAUUGCGGUUGAUAAAUUAAAACGCGAGAAUUAUAGUACUGUAUUCCAUCAACUUGAUAUUACAGAUGAAGUAAGUGUAAGGAAAUUUGCGGAUUAUAUAAGAAUACAAAAAAUUUCUAUCGAUAUUCUUGUUAACAAUGCAGCAGUCAUUUGUAAAAACCUAACUGUGAUUGAUUAUGAAGACGCAAAGCGUGUUAUUAAUGUAAAUUUUUAUGGUGUUCUCAACCUUGAAAAAUAUUUGUAUUGUUUCUUGAAUAAUGACGCUCGUGUAAUCAAUAUAUGUAGUGACACAGGUCAUCUAUCACAGCUAAAGAAUAAAUUUUGGGUGGAAAAGUUAUCCAAAGAAGAUCUUACAUUAAGCGAUAUUGAAGAAUUUAUUAUGUGGUUUUUGAAUUCAGUGAAAAAUAAUACCCUGAGGAUAGAAGAUUUUAGUUGGAAAUUUUAUUUACCAUACGCAAUAUCAAAAAUGGCACUGUGUGCAUAUACAAGGGUGCAACAAAGGCACAUUGGAAGAGGAAUUUCUAUAAACUCACUUCAUCCAGGAUUUGUAAAAACACCAAUGACAAAAGGAACUGGUAUGUUAUCACCCGAAGAAGCUUCUGAUGCACCAAUUUUUUUAGCUUUAGAUGCUGAUCAGUCAGUCAAAGGAAAAUACAUUUGGUUUGAUAAAUCCCAGAAAGAUUGGGCCAAUACUUCUUUGGUAUUUGACUAUGUAGAUUUGAACGCAUUUACUGAAUUUCUGAAUAAAAUGAAUAAUAGGAAAUAG